UUUUGAAUAAUUCCGCCACACAGAAGUUAAAAUAUUGUGAAGCUACAAUGUUUUUGUUUAUGUUGAAAAUAUUACUCCUGCUCACCGUUGCAUCGGUAACAGGGAAAUCUGUUCAAUCUGAAGAACUUCCGGAAUUGAAGUGGCCUAAGAAAUACACUUUCGAGGCCACCAAAGUGUCCUUAACUUCUGCUCUGGUCGAGGAUAUCCAAUACUGGCGAAUCAGCAAAAAAUCUAGAGUAGACUACAACAGCGGUGCUGUCAAAUCGAUUAAAAUAAAGGGUAAAAGAAAGGCUAGUAGCGCUGCGUUUGGAGUACAAUAUGAUAUUCAUCCAGAAACAACAGAGGAAUAUCUGAACAAACUAAUUUGCACCAGGAAAAACGGAACACUAACUGAUCAAAUCAAACCCGAAAAUUUGUUGCCCCGUGCCACUGACUUCGAACAUGUUGGCAAAGACUUCCUAGAUAUUGGUGAAGUUCAAAAAUAUGUUAUUGAAGACGAAGAGGCGAAUACUAAAAAAUAUUUGUGGGCUUCCUUAAAGAAUUCGACUUGGGUUCCAGUGAGGAUAGAGGAUCUAGAAUUCAACAGUUGGCUGGAAACUUUAAAAAAACAUACUAUUUAUGAUAUUUACAAUUUUGAGACGGAGUUCGAUGAAAACGUAUUUGAUGUGGAUCAAUAUGAUUGCACGGGAGGAGCAGGAAUAAAAGAUUCCGAAGAAAACGACAUUGAUUUAUCAAUACUCGACCCUGAAAAUGAUGAUCAUGUCGAAGCCGCCUUCAAUAGAUUUAAGCAGGAGCAUAACAGAAAUUACGAUACCGAAGAGGAGCACGAAAUGCGAAAGAAUAUUUUCCAUAAAAAUCUGAGAAAAGUUCAGGCCCACAACAGCAUGAAUAGUGAUUACAAAAUGACCUUGAACAAAUUUUCCGACCGCACCCGAGAAGAGAAACAGAGAAGUACGGGACUUAUAAGGCGAAAGGCAGGAGAAGUAGGCACACAUGCAUUCCCGUAUGACGAGCAGAAAAUUUCUCAAUUAGUUGAAACCUUACCAGCAGACGUUGACCUAAGACUUCAAGGUUACGUGUCUCCUGUAAGAGAUCAAGAAGACUGUGGUUCGUGCUGGUCAUUUGGUACAACCAGUGCUGCCGAAGGAGCAUUAGCCCGCUCAAAUGGAGGCAGACUGCUAAGACUCGCUAACCAAGCUCUAGUUGACUGCGCUUGGGGAUUCGGCGCUGGUGGUUGUAAUGGUGGCAGCGACACAGCAGCUUACCACUGGAUGAUAAAGUACGGUCUUCCCACAGAAGAAGAAUAUGGCCCUUACAAAAAUAAAGAUGGUUACUGUGAAAUCGACAAUAUGACAACGAUCUACCCGAUCAAAGGAUUCACUGAUGUUACUCCAUUUAGCGUUGAAGCUCUAAAGAUAGCAGUAAUGAAUCAUGGCCCUCUGUCAGUAUCGAUUGAUGUAGGCUCCUCUGAGAGUUUAUACAAUUAUAACGGUGGCAUCUUCUACGACAAAGAUUGUACCACAACAAAAGUAGAUCACGAAGUUACGUUGGUUGGCUACGGGGAGAUCGAUGGUGACUCGUACUGGAUCAUCAAGAACUCAUGGGGCCGUGACUGGGGCAUCGAUGGCUACUUCCACAUCUCCACUCGUGAUAACGCUUGUGGAAUCGCCACUGAGCCUACUUACGUUGUAAUGUAAACCAUGAACUGAACUGAACAAAGAUGAGAUGAAGAUGAUGAAAAGAAAAAUGGAGAGGUGAACACAUCAACUGUAAUUUCCUUUCCUAAGAUUUUUUUUUUUAAUUUUUCACCCCAUAUGGUUUCCUAAUAAAAAAAUAAAAACCACUGAAAAUGUGCACAUUAUGGCAGAGAGCAUCAGUCACACCAGAAAUACACGUUUUGCCAGAUAUUUUAUAACAUUUAAAGACUAGUUUCUUACAAUUAGUAAUAUUACCAAAAACAGAUGUAUAUAAAUUUCUUUUUCAUUUUUAUCAUUUUAAUUAUUUGCUUAGUUUGCAAUUUGUCUGAUGGGCUUACUGAAUCGUAUUUUAAAUAUUGUGAACGUCGUUAUUAUUAAAUUAAUUUUUGACAUUUCGUCCCUAAAAAUCAGUGCAAUAUUCAAUUUUGUUUUUUUUUUUUAAUUAAUUAAAUAGUAGGUAAUAAUUUUUGUUUUAAUAUUUGAAUUCGUAAAUUGUGGCAGUGGCUUCCUAAUAAACUUGCCUUACUUUAAAUGUAAGGAAUCAGACUGAUCUUUGAACGUUUAUUAUUUUUAUGUACGAGUAUGUGAAAAGGACGAAGCCACGCUAUACUACGUUUCAUAUUUUCUUUUUAUUUUCAUUGCAAGGUACAAGGUGCAAACCUUGUUAAGCUGUUGUUCUUGUUCACUAUUCAAGUUUAUUCUAUUAAUAGAGUUUUUACCUUUUAUAUUCACCUUCCGACCGAUUUUUAUUAUUGUAACCGUUUUUCUUAAAUCAAUUGCUUUUUACACAAGCAGUGAAUAAAUAUAGCAAGAAAAUGAUUCAGAAGGCAUAUCAUAAUAUAUCAAAAUAGGACAUGAUAGUAUAUCCAUAAAUAAUGCAAAUUAUUUGUAGAAAAACUAGGUAAUAUUAUGAGAUUAAGUUAUACUCAUAAAAUUGGUGAAGAUGCCAAAUUAUGUAGCUGCCAAAAGUACCUAAAGGAAACACAAUUUGAUUAUCAUCUCUCCAUUGACAUUGUGGCUUUACUGAUGAUGUAUGUUGUAUAAUUUUAGUAUUACGUAUUUAUAAGUAGCAUAAGAUUACACGUGGAACUUAUUUUUUGGGAUUAUUUACGCUAGUAAUAAAAGUACCUAUUA